AAAGUGGGGAUUUCAAUUCAAAGAAUUUAUAAAUUCUCCAAGAUAUUUCAUAACUUACACAACAGUUUCGUUGUUUUGUUGUUCAAUAUAACAAAUUUGCUCAUACAGUCAUACUUUAUAAUACUUUGCAAUCUGCAACACUAGAGUUCUUUGCAUAGUGACUGUACUACAAUUGUUUGUUCAGCUUGAAUUGAUAAUAUUAUUGUUGGUGUUACGUCACAAAAAGAAAUAAUCUGGCAAAGAGUCAAAGAGUUUGUUGUUUGUUUUCUACAUUCGUUCCAAAACCGUUGGCACGAGUCGUGUGUAUGACCUUGAACCCAAGUGAAACAGCUGUUUUAACUUUUAUACUUUCAUUGUGAAUUUCUGAAUUGGAAACUGGAUUUUUAAGGUCCAGCAUGGACUCCUUCUUCAGUCUCUUCGACCCGUCAGACGGUCAGCAGCACAAACAAAAGAAAAGACAUAAAAACGAUCAGGACAACCAGCGGAAGAAUCCAGACGCUCCUAAAGGCCGUCGCCGAGGCCGCCGCUCUCACGGCAAGAACGAGACCUUGCCCGAGGAGUCCUCAUUCCUGUGCGAGCCGGCGCUCAGCAGCGAGAUCCUGGUGAAGGACUGCAGCUACAUCGAGAACUAUAUAGAGGUCAACAGGCAUGAUGAAGAUACAAAAGCUGACGGCGACAAGAAACCACGCAGACGGAAUUCCGGACGUAAAAACAGGCGGAAAAAGAACAAAAUCUCUCCCGCCAAAGACAUGCUACCAAACACUGCGUGGCAGGACACCAUAGACACAAUAGAGACACAGACCCUAAACAACCAGUCUUCAAUACCAAAAAUAUGCGACGAAAAAGUUGGCAAGAACGUCAACGAUUUGAAAUCCGAUGAAGAUUAUAAAAAAACUAAAAGGAAAGACAAUGUAGAGAAGAGGGAAAAAGAUGGCUUCGACGAUCGUGUGUACAAUGUCAUAGACAAGCUAGAGAAGGUCGGCAUCAAGGAGGAUAUGUAUCUGGCGGGGGAUUUUAAUGCAGAGGAUUUGGAAAGCGACUUCUUCUACAGUUCGGAUGAUAUGGACGAGUUUUGCGAUGACACGACAUCAGAUGCAGAGGAUUCAGGGGAUGAGUGCUAUGGGAGUCUGCCUCCAGAGCCUCGCUUUGGUAAUGUGGAGUACAAGCUGCAACUGGUGUCGCCCUGCGAGAGGAGGUUCCAGCAUCUGGUCACACAGCUGAAAUGGCGCCUCCGUUCCGGUGGGGGCAGCGCGGUGUACGUGGUGGGGGUCCGGGAUUGCGGAGCCCUGCGCGGUCUGCGCGCCGGUCCGCUGCGCGCGUCGCUGCGUGCGCUGCGCAGCAUGGCCAGCGCUAUAGGCGCCGUGCUCGCCAGCGCACGCGCGCGCCGGGUCGCGCCCAACAGAGCUGUCGCUGAGGUUUACAUCAGGAAGUUGGCAGACACGCAGCAGAGCGUGGAGCUGCGCGUGGCGGUGAUGGGCGCCAACGAAGCCGGCAAGUCCACUCUUAUAGGCGUGCUGACGCAAGGUGAACUGGACAAUGGUCGAGGGAGCGCUCGGCUGAACAUGUUCCGACAUCUGCACGAGGUCAAGAGUGGUCGCACCUCGUCCUUGAGCCACGAGAUACUGGGCUUCGACGCGCAGGGUAACGUGGUGAACUACGGGUGCUCGGAGCUGAUGACAGCGGAGAGGAUCGGCGAGAGGAGCGCCAAGCUGGUGUCGUUCCUGGACCUGGCCGGCCACAGCAAGUACCAGCGCACCACGCUGCACGGCCUCACCGGCUACUGCCCGCACUACGCCAUGCUGGUGAUCUCUGCCACGGCCGGCAUAACGCGCAUCACGGAGGAGCACAUCGGCCUGCUGCUGGCGCUGGACAUGCCGUUCUUCGCGGUGAUCAACAAGUGCGAGCUGGCGCCGGCCGCCGUCGCGUCGGUGCUGCAGCGCCUGGCGCAGCUGCUGGAGUCGGCCAACAAGGAGCCGCUCCUGAUAACGGACGAACACCUCGCGCGCAACUGCGUCGCGCCACAGAAGUCGAUACUGGACGCCAUAGACAACACCACAGACUCGGGGAAGGAGGACGACGUGGAGGUCCAGCGCGUGCCGGUGUUCCCGGUGAGCUGCGUGCGCGGCGCCGGCCUCAACUCGCUGCACGCAUACCUGUUGGCGCUGCAGCCGCCUGGAGACAACGUGCAGCACAAGUCGGAGGAUGAGACGUGCGAGUUCCAGAUCGACGAGAUCUUCCACGUAGGGGACUCUGCGGGGCCCGUGGUGGGGGGGUUGCUCGCGCGGGGACAGUUGCAUGAGGGAGACAACCUCAUCAUAGGGCCUCUAGACACUGGAGAGUUUGUCGAAAUAUCAGUCAAGACCAUAUACAGGAACCGGGUGCCAUGCGGCAGUGUGAGGGCCGGUCAGAGCGCCUCCCUGGGCUUGAGCCACUACCCGCCCAACCUGAGGCAAGGCAUGGUGUUACUGGCUAUACCCGAGAAGUAUAGAAGCGGGGACUAUGUCAGACCCAGCUUCGGGGGAUGUCCUCCUGGAAAGUGCAAAGGAAAGAAGGCAAUAGAAACGGUGCACUCAUCGCAAACUGUUGAAAAGAAUCGCAAGAACGCUCGGAGACAGAACAAAAAUAUCCUCCAAGACAUCGCCAACGUGCAAAACAACUUCACCAAGAUCAUAGACAAAAACAUACACAAGCUGAGCAAAGACAAACCUUCCAAAGAUAAGGACAAUAUAGACAAGGAUUCCAAAGAAAUACGCACAGCCAACAUAAGCAACAUUGAUGCUGUCAACCUACAGAAUUUGACCAUAGACAAAAAUUCUCAAAACAAAACGAACAUAGACAAAUUAAUCAUAGACAGACAACCCAUAGAUAAUGUACAAAGAAGCAUAGACAAAAAUUCUAAAAUAUAUAUGUCAGAUUCAGAUGAUGAUGUCAAAUAUGGCAAGGGUGUGAUAGACUGUGAUGAUACUGUGAUAGAUCGUGAUGGAGCUUGCGUUUGUGAUGAUUUGGUGUUAUUGGAAGAUCCUAAUGAUCCGAGAGGGUGUAUUUAUUUCCAAGCGUCGGUGCAUGUACUACGUCACUCCACUGCCAUAUACCCCGGCUUCCAGUGUUCCGUACACGUCGGGAACGUUCGACAGACGGCCAUUAUUGAGGGAAUAAUGUCCCCCAACAACGUGCUGCGGGCGGGGGAGGCGGCUCCCGUCAUGUUCCGGUUCGCGCGCUGCCCGGAGUACCUCGUGAGAGGCAGGAGGUUGCUGUUCACUGCGGGGCUCGGCACAAGAGGAAUCGGUCGAGUCACGCAAACCUUCCCCUAUGUUCCGUGAAGAUGAGAAAAAUAACUUUUGGGAUUAAAUUUAAAAAAAAAAUAACCAACCAUGAGUCAUAUCUGCCUCGUUGACACUAACUUUUGUGUCUACAGGACACUUUACGACUUGUCUAGGGAAUGACAAUUUGGACAAAGAAAUUAUGGAUAUUAAAAAAAAAAAUUAACCAAUGCUAAAUAAUAAUUACCAAUAUGUGACAAAUAAAAACUAACUAUUGUGUCUACAGGACAUUUUAUGUAUUUUAUGGGAAUAAGAAUUUCGACGUACAAAGUAUGAAUACAUAACUGAAAAAUAAAUCAACCAUGAGUCCUAUUUGACCAAUUGGAGGUAACUUUUGUGUCUACAGGACACUUAUGUCAUGUCUAGAGAAUAUGAAUUUGGACAGACAAAUUAUAAAUGUAUAAUUAAAAAAACAAUCUACAAUGAUCAUAUUUCAUUAAUUGAUGCUAAUUUUUGUGUCUACAGGACAUUUUUAUUUCUUAUUUAGGACACGACAGUUUGUUAAGAGUAAUUAUUAUUGUUUUGGGAUUGAAACAAAGAUUUUAUAUUAUUAAAUAUGUCACUAACUCUUUUUUUUUAUUUUAUACUAUUAAAUAUGUCUUAUAAAUUAUUUAUUAUUAUUUCUUUUUUUUACUUUCGUUCUAAACUAUGACAUUGUUAAGAACGAAAGUAAAAAAAAGAAAUAAUAACCAAAAUAUUUUCUACAAUGUCGAGUUGUGUGUUCAGGAAGUGUAAAAACUAUAUAUGCACAAAUAUAUAAUGUAAGUAAACACAAAGUUCUUCAUGUGUGCGCUCAUUGGAGUAUCUAAAUGCGGAUCAGUUUUUGCGAUGAUUUUGUAGGCACGUAACAUAUCUAAUAGUGUAAAAUCGUUGGGUAGAAGUGAUUAUUUAUCCAUAGACAAUCGUAUGUGUGUGAAUUAUAUACAACUUAUAAAACUAACUUUUGUGUCUUUAGAACACUUUUGAACCGACUUCAAAAAAGGAGGAGGUUCUCUUUACGUACGUUUUUUUUUUUUAAUGUUUGUUAUACUAAUCUAACAUAUUAUCUAAGUCAGUCAAGUAAGCAAUUUUGAUCGGGAAAUUAUUAUAUUUUUCUUAUGAGAUUGAAAUUAUUUAAUUGUACUUGUAUGUAUUUCGCGUUAUAAUUCAUUGACACUAAUUUUCGUGUCUACAGGACACUUUUGUGUCUUUCGGACAAGGAUAUAAUUAAUAUUCAAAGUUUGAUCACUAAUAUUAUAGAUUAAUUACUACUAUCUUGAAAAGUUCGUGUAGGUAGUGAAUUUAGCUUUCGUAUGGAAGUAAUUUUUUUACUAUAUGAAAAAAAUGUUUUAUUUGUUUGUUUUAUUUGAGUAGCUAAAUGAUGAAUAAUUUAAAAGUAUUUUUGAAGUAGUUUAGGAGUAAGAUGAUUAAUUUAAAAAAUAAAUGAAAAAACUAUAUACUGUUUGAGGGAAACAUUAAUUUAAGUUGACAAAAAAAAUGGUUAAUUUUAAGUUAUUAUGUGAUAUUUUUAUUAUGUUAUUACAAUACAAUAAUAUUCGAAUCUUAUUGUCAUGUGUGAAUUAUGGUUUGCGGUGUCUAGCUAAAUAUGAAUCCGUGAUUUAUUAUUAUAUAGAUAAUUGUGAUUGAAUAAAUGUUAAUUUUGGUAGAGUCGGAUGCAAUAUUUAUGACGUCGAAAUAUGAUGCGGAUAUCGCUACGCGCAGCUUGGCUACUUCGUUCGUAACACUCCCAAUGAUCCGCGCGGGCCGGGGGGCGUAUAGCGAUGAAUGAAAAACCCACGAUUGGUGCACAUCACUUCCCCGCACGCACGAUUUAACACCCACGCAGUCUUUCCCCCCGUCGCCCGCAUAUCAUGGGAGUGUCGUCAACGAAUAUGCCAGACUACAGUGUGGGUGGGCAAGGGGAUUUGCCCUUCCGCCGCGCCACUACGUAACCGGUGAUACCUAAAAUUUGUUCUGAAACGUCUUGUUGAAUCCGACUAUAAGUUUCGCUUAAGCUAUGUCACUGUUACGCUUGGCCACGAUCUCUUUUGAUGGUAAGUGAUGACGUUUGAAACUUUAAAAUAAGUUAUUGUAAACUAACACUAUUUUAGUAUUUAAAUAUGAAAUCAUUAGAUAUAUUAACUGUGGAGAUAUAGCCGGGAAUAGUUAUUGGCAAUACGUCAAUUUGAAUUUUUUUUAUCUCAUGAAUCUUAUGUGAGUCAGAAGUGGAUUUAAAAAAAAAAAUUUAAAACCACAGAGAAUGAGAAAAACAUAUACUAUUACUAUAAUUUUCUAAGUAGAAUAAAAAUUUAGAUAUUCUAAUAACAGAUUUUUGCACAAUUAACGAAAUAAACAUAGUCAUUAAAUUAAAAAAAAUAGUUCUUUAAACUUUUUGACUUUAUAAAAAAAUUUACAACUUAAUACAAAAAAAAAUAUUAUAAAAUAAAAAAGUCUUUUGUAUUGCUUUCGCUUUAAAACAUUUUAUUUGGUUAAUAUGGCAACAUUAUAAUUAUAUACACGUAGACAAAGAAGUAAAUAGACGCUACCGUAUACCGCGCAUUUUCGCAUAAAUUAAGAAAACGAAAAUAGUUCGGAGUGUUGACAAAAAAAAAAUUAGGUGUAGAUUAGUAUCAGUUGUCUAUCACCUUCUCUGUCUACGUUAUACAACCAAAAUGUAAGGUUAAAAUUAUCAGUAUUGUACAACCGAUAAGUAGGUAGAUUAUUUUUUUAAGUGGUCAAUCAUCUUACUAUUUGUUCUUAUUUUGCAACAACUCUGUGCUAGUUUUUUUUAAUAACUUGAGGUUUUUGUCUUUUACAAUAACUGAGUAGUUAUUUUAUUAUUUAUUAAAAUAAAAACGAACCUGUCGAUUUUUGUACUAAUAAAGUUGAUUCUUUUAGGCCUUAUAAGAAUCUCUAAACAUUACAGUCUAGAGUAAAUAACAUCUUCUAGGCAAGGAAGCUUAUAACAAUGGGGUCCCCUACGCAAAAACUAGGGGUUUUAUGAGUUUCACAUGUCUAACUCUUUGUCUAUCUACGUGACCUCGUCGUUCUUGAAUGGAUGAACCGUUUUUUAUUUAGUUGCUUUUGUUUGAAAGAUUUAUAUUCUGUGUUUUAGGCUUUGUUUUAUAAAAAAUGAUUUAGCCAUUUAAUAGAUAGGGGGACAAGAAGAUAAACCUUUGGAACCUUUAAAUUUAAUUGGAACCAUUCAAAAGUGUGAUUUAUAUAUUUGUGUGUGAUUUAUAUAUUGUGUGUUUGUAUCAAUUGAAAGGAUUUAAUUUUUGUAUUACAAAAUGUGUUUUUUGAAGGGGAGGGGAAGGGGAUGAAUUUACUGUAUUUACUGAGCAUACUCGAGUGGGUAUUUAUAAUGAAAGGAUUGAUUUGGUAAUCUAUUACUUUUUUUUUGAUACAUUUAAAUUUGAUUUCCAUUUAAAUUUUUCUGUUAUGAUAUGACUUAUGACCACAGAUUAAAGAAUAAUAGGCAGAUAGACCGCACGGAACACGACGGUGUCGUAGCCGUUCCAAAUACAAAAUAAAAAAAUGAAUACAUUCUCGAGUCAGUACGACACGAAGCGUCGCAUCAGUAAUUUUCAAUAUUAUUCAAGAAAAAUGGCAUCUUAUUAAAUAUUUUAAAACCUGUUCACAAAAAGUAAAGAAAUAAGAUGGAGUAUUUUUUUAUUGGUAAUUAUUGAUUAUUAUAUUAAUUUACGUAAUUGUUGUUAGUGUUAAAUUUUGAAAUACAAAUUAUGAAAAAAGUAUAUGGGAAUGUCAAGGAAACGCGUGACGUUUGGGGUUUUAUGGGUUUCACCACGCUGCUUGUAAAGACUCAUUCUGGAUCAUCUUUAUUCUGUGGUAUUUAUUAUAAAGAAUUUCAGUCGAGUCAUUAUUAUAGUUAGAAAUUAAUUUCUUUUGGGGGUUUUUCAAAAUUAUUAUGUAUAGUAUUUAUUAAAGUAAAACUUCUCUUGACUUGUGGAGUAUUUGAUGAAUGUUACGAAAUGUGUAAUCGGGUGAGGCGAACGGACGUCGAGCCAAAGAAGUUUUACUUCAGUUGAAUGGUUUAGAGCACACACUGUUUUUUUCUUUUUUCGCACUUCCAACGACUUACGGUUCUAAUUACUAACUAAAUACUAAUUAUAUAACAAAUAUCUAACUAUUAGGCAAAUCUAUUGAGAAUUUUGUGAGCACAUUUAUAAUAAUAUAAUAAAAUAUUCUACAACAUUCAA